AUGAGCGCGCAGGGCGGAGCGGUGCCGAGAUGCAGGUGAGUCUCGGCGUCCACUCGGCAGAGCGCCUGGGAGGGGAGCCGCCUGUAGGCAGCAGCAGCAGCACAGGAUGCGUGCGUCAAAUGCCAGCUGGUUCUAAUGCGAGCUAGCAGUCCGGCUCCGAGCGUCAUGGCGACCGCAGCGUCCAACCACUACAGCAUCCUCACCUCCAGCGCAUCCAUCGUGCACUCGGAGCCCGGUAACAUGCAGCAGCAAGCGGCGGCGUACCGGGACGCGCAGAGCCUGUUGCAGAGCGACUACCAGCUGCAGAGCAACAGCCACGCGCUCAGCCACGCGCACCAGUGGAUUACCGCGUUGUCCCACGGUGAGGCGGCCCCGUGGUCCUCGGAGCAGGACAUCAAGCCCGCGGUGCAGAGCGCACGGGACGAUAUGCACACCUCCGGCGGCAACCUGCAGCACCAGUCGCGGCCGCCGUCCCACCUGCAAGUGCACCAGAACCACCACGACGCGCGGGCGUGGAGGACCACCACGGCGGCGGCGGCGGCGGCGCACAUCCCCAGCAUGGCGACCAGCAACGGCCAAAGCCUGAUCUACUCUCAGCCGAGCUUCGGCGUCAACGGGCUGAUCCAGGGGUCCCACCAUCACAACCUCAGAGACCCGCACGAGGACCACCACAGCCCGCACCUGAGCGAGCACAGCCAUCCGCCGUCGCAGCAGCAACACCAGCAUGGCCCCAACCACCACGACCACUCGGACGAGGACACGCCGACCUCGGACGACUUGGAGCAGUUCGCCAAGCAGUUCAAGCAGAGGAGGAUCAAGCUGGGCUUCACGCAGGCGGACGUGGGGCUCGCCCUGGGGACCUUGUACGGGAAUGUCUUCUCCCAAACCACCAUUUGCAGGUUUGAGGCCCUGCAGCUCAGCUUCAAAAAUAUGUGCAAGCUGAAGCCUCUGUUGAACAAGUGGCUGGAGGAGGCGGACUCAACCUCGGGCAGCCCGACCAGUCUGGACAAAAUCGCCGCGCAGGGCAGGAAAAGGAAAAAACGGACUUCCAUCGAGGUCGGCGUUAAGGGGGCUUUGGAGAGCCAUUUUUUGAAGUGCCCAAAACCCGCAGCCUCGGAAAUAAUCUCACUGGCGGACAGUCUGCACUUGGAGAAAGAAGUGGUGAGGGUUUGGUUUUGUAACAGGAGACAGAAGGAGAAACGCAUGACGCCUCCCGGAGGAGCUCUGCCGGGGAGCGAGGACGUGUACGGGGACACGCCGCCCCAUCACGGGGUCCAGACCCCGGUUCAAUGA